UCACCUGCCCAUUCAUCACAAAAGACUCGGAUUGGCUGGUUUGAGGGGAACGGAGAGGAACAGUUUCUUAAAAGCUAGCGAUCGGGACACAGGUUUCUCUCAGAUAAGGUGAAGGAGAGGCGCCACUCGAGUUCAGUCAGUAGCAUAUUUGGCUGCUGUUUGCACGCAGCUACAAUGCCCAGUAUUCUCCACCUGCUCAUCCUGGUGAUGACUUUGCUGGUGGUAAAAACAGGAACUCAAGCAUCGAUACCCAAAACCACACAGUGGCCACGACUGAAGCCCACAAAAAAGCCUCCUACCGGGGAUGGAGGGGACUCUCCGCAACCGCCCGCUCACUUCGGGACACAGCAGAUCACCACCACGGUCAGCCCCACUAUCAGUGGCUUCACAGAAGAAACCACAGACUCGUUGAUGGAUGUGUACUCUAUUUCUCCCACUGACAGUACCACCUUCGCUAAUGAUGCAUAUUCGGCUGACUAUCACACUGAGGCCAUGGUUCCUCCUGGGGUGGGUCCUGGGAACUACACGUUGGAUUACAAUGAGUGCUUUUUUAAUUUCUGUGAGUGUUGUCCACCAGAGAGAGGACCUCCAGGACCAGUGGGAGAAAAGGGUUCUCCAGGUAUUCCAGGCCAGAAGGGGGAGAUUGGACCACCUGGAUCUCCAGGUCGAGAAGGAUUCACUGGAGCUCCAGGUUCACAAGGAGAGAAAGGAGAUAACGGUGAUCCUGGUGUGAGUGGGCUGCCUGGGAUUCCUGGCUUCACAGGGAAACAAGGAGAGAAAGGUGAAAUUGGCCUCAAAGGAGACAAAGGAGAUAUAGGUUCACCUGGGAUAAAAGGAAACCCAGGUGACCAGGGAGAGCCAGGCUGGAACGGAACUAAGGGGGAGGCGGGAGAACCUGGAUCCCCUGGACCGAGUGGCCCCCCUGGCAUCAAUGGGGACAAAGGUGACAAAGGAGACUGUCCAUUUGGGGAAAAAGGGCAGAAAGGGAGUAUGGGUGAGGCAGGGCCUCCAGGGCCAAAAGGAGACAUUGGCAUACCAGGUCUGAGCGGCAUAAACGGGCUUCCUGGGGCCAAAGGGUCAAACGGAGAUCCCGGACACCCUGGCAAACCGGGAGAGCCAGGUCCUCCGGGACCUCAAGGACCUGCAGGGCAAAGGGGGAUGCCAGGGAUGAAAGGCGCACGAGGCCUGAAGGGAGCACGUGGUAUUAGGGGACUUAAGGGUCUUCAAGGUGAACCGGCCAUUCAGAAGCGUUCAGCUUUCAGCGUAGGUCUUUAUCCAAGCCGAUCGUUUCCACCGCCAGGGCUGCCUGUCAAAUUUGACAAAGUCAUUUAUAAUGAGGAGGGUCACUGGGACCCCAACAUCAGCAAGUUCAACUGCACUCACGGCGGCGUGUACGUGUUCUCCUACUACAUAACUGUGCGCAAUCGACCACUGCGUGCAGCCCUGGUUGUGAACGGCAUUCGGAAACUACGAACUCGUGACUCCCUCUACGGCCAAGACAUCGACCAGGCCUCCAACAUGGCCGUGCUCCGUCUAUCAUCUGGUGACCAGGUUUGGCUGGAAACUCUGCGGGACUGGAACGGCGUUUAUUCCAGCAGUGAGGACGACAGCACGUUUUCUGGAUUCCUGCUCUAUGCUGAUGCAACCAAGGACUGAUCGCCAGACCUUUUUAUUGUUUCUGAAGGGCCAAAGUGAAAGUCGCCUAUAUUAUCCGAAGCACUUGACCACUGAA